AUGAAAGUUACCAUUGAGCCCUAUAGCCCUGAAUGGCCUAUUCUGUUCGCCGAAAGAAAAUCGCACCUAGAGCAGAUUCUUCAAGGGAUCCCCAUCGUAUCAAUCGAGCAUAUUGGAAGCACGUCUAUCCCAUCGCUUCAUGCAAAGCCUGUCAUAGAUAUUGACAUUAUCAUCAAACCAUCUUCCCUUGAGGCCGGUCGUCAAGCACUUGCCGCCGCGGGUGAUGGUUCUGUCAGAUACAAUACCUAUCUCGCUAUUGACGGGUGCGAGUCCUUGAGAAAUCAUCUCGAUACCAAACGCGUGCUUCUGGAAGAUGAAGAACUGCGCAAGGAGUAUUCGCAACUCAAACUGAAGCUGCAAGAGAGCACUUUUGAUGGCAUUGACCAUGUUAUCCAGGCUAGACACACUCUCGCCGUUGUGGCUUCGGACGGUAUCGAACUUGCCCCGGCGCUGGGUCGUGAUUCCCAAGACUCGGACGAGAUGAACGUCAAUCGCCCCCCGUUACAUCGCCCCACGGAUGGCCGCUCGCAACAGCCGCUCCUUAAGGAUGAGCGGCGAAGCCGGCUCUCACAGUCAAGUAUUGGCAACGGGGAUGCAGAAGGCCGGCCCAUGUUACACCAUACCCGUCGUCCAACCAUUCAGAGUCAAAGCUCGGGGAACGAUGCUGCCCGGGCGACUCGCAAGAAGUACCUGAUCGCGUCGGGCUUCUUGCUUCUGAGCUUAGCGAGUUUCGUUGUCCAGACCGAGACUGCAGUUUACAUUCAACACGAUCUGCAUUGGGACAAGCCGUAUGCCAUGCUGUAUAUUACCCACGGAUCAUGGAUAUUGCUCUGGCCAGUUCAGCUUGCUAUCCUGCGAUUUCAAAAACGGAAACUAUCAUGGGAAGCAUUUUGGCGCCGCCAUGUUUUCCUCCUCCGAACGACGGCCCAGAUGGUAGAAACACAGGAUGUUCACCUUUCUUCGCGCAGCUACCACCGGUCGCCAGUCCCAUACAUGCUGAGGACCACGGCCUUCGUAACAAGCGCUCUCACAAUUGCUGGCGGUUCUUGCGAUCUACAACUGCUCGGCCUUUUUCGCUUAUGCCUUUUCGAUUCCUUGCUCAAGGACAAACUCCGACUUGACAAAGUCCUUGCGGUCUGCGUCGCCAUCAUUGGCGUCCUGGUCGUUGCAUAUGGAGACCGCCCGGAUAAAAAGGUAUCCAAAGGCGGCACAACGAAGGAGGACAAUGAGGCAUCCCACCGCCUCUUGGGAAAUGUCAUCAUUGGAGUUGGAAGCGUGCUGUAUGGACUAUACGAGGUUCUAUACAAGAGAUUUGCUUGCCCACCCGAAGGCACCAGCCCGGGCCGGGGAACUAUCUUCGCCAAUACCUUUGGUAGCUUGAUUGGUGCUUUCACUCUUUCAGUUCUGUGGAUCCCUAUUCCAAUUCUACAUAUUCUGGGCUGGGAAAAAUUCAGCUUUCCCACGGGUGAGGCCGCUCGGAUGCUUCUGAUUUCCAUUUGUGCCAAUGCCACGUUCUCCGGCUCCUUCCUGGUGCUCAUCUCCCUCACCUCCCCUGUGCUUUCAUCCGUCGCUGCUCUCUUGACGAUCUUCCUCGUGGCCAUUGUCGAUUGGUUCCGUACUGGUCAGCCUCUUUCUUUUGCAGCCAUCCUCGGAGGUAUCUUGAUUAUGAUGGCGUUCUUCCUCCUGAGUUGGAGUACAUACCGUGAACUCAGUGAAGAACGGAAGAAGCACUUGGAGAACGACCAGGUGGAAUCUGACAGUGAUGAGUAA